AUGGCUCCCCUGCCGUUGACCACCGCCUUCGCGGCCAUCCUUGCCCUGGCUACAGCAGCACCAGCACCUGCUGUCCAGCUUGACGAGCGCGCCGUACUGCCCAAUCCUUAUGCUCCGACAACAACGACCUGCCCGACUUCCCCACUGGUCCGCCCGGCAAGUGGUCUCAAUCCAAGCGAGUCAUCCUAUAUCUCGGCUCGCAAGGCGAAUGCAGACAAAGGUUUGGCUGCCUGGCUGAAGAAGCAAGGCUCGUUCAACACCUCAUCACAGCCAACAGUCGGCUUCACUUCGAGUGGUGGAGGCUACCGCGCAUUACUCGAGACCGCCGGAGUCAUUCAGGCCCUCGAUGGUCGCGACAGCAACUACAACACCAGUGGACUGUACCAAGGCCUCACUUAUGAGUCCGGACUAUCUGGUGGUGCUUGGUUCCUGUCUUCUUUAGCCGGCAACAACUGGCCCACGGUCUCUUACUUGCAGAAGAAUCUCUGGGAACAAGCGUUUCAGAACUCCCCACUUGUACCAGCAAAUCUGCUUUCGUCUUCUGGCUUAACCGAGUACGCCCUAGUGACCAACGACAUUGUGGCGAAGGGGGCUGCUGGCUACAACGUCACCAUCGUUGAUCCUUACGGACGUUUGAUAUCCUACCAGCUUCUGCAAGGACCCGACGGUGGCGUUGCAACACGUCUGUCAAGCCUUACAUCAUUCAGCAACUUCACUAGCUAUAAUGUACCAUAUCCGAUCAUCACCACGACGAAUGUGAAUGGUUCGCAAGGCCAAUGCGUGCCGCCGCUCAAUGCAAUCAUUUACGAAUUUCAUCCUUACGAGUAUGGAUCCUGGGACACUGGCGUUUCAGCAUUUGCACAGACGAAGUAUAUGGGCUCCGCACUGACGAAUGGCUCUCCUACCAAACCCGGAGUCUGCACAGCACAAUAUGACAAUCUUGGUUACAUCUUCGGCACCAGCAGCGACGUCUUCUUCGCUGCCUGCGCGGUCAUUCCGCCUGCCAACACUACAUCCUCUUCUGGCCUUGCAAACGUCCUUGAAGGUCUUGUCGCUAAGAGUCAUCAGCCAGACUUUCAGGAUCUUUUUGGUGUAUACGUGAAUCCAUUUUUCAAGUACCCGCGCUCAACACAGGUACAGUCGCAGAGUGUGCUUACAAUGGUUGACGGAGGAGCAACCGAUCAGAAUAAUCCUAUCUGGCCCUUCGUCCAACCCGCUCGCAAUGUCGAUGUCCUGAUAGUCAACGACAACUCGGCGGAUACGACCGACAACUAUCCCAAUGGCACCGAGAUCCUCCAAACAUACAUGAAUGCGAAAGCAGUCGGCUUGACGAAGAUGCCUUAUAUCCCUCCUGUGUCGACAUUCGUAUCACAAGGACUUAAUAAGCGCGCCACCUUCUUCGGAUGCAAUGAGACCGGCACGACAUUUAUCGUCUUUCUACCCAACGUGGGCUAUACUUACAAUUCUGGUCAAUCGACCUUCAAAAUCGAAUAUACGAUUCCUGAGACCGAUGCAAUGAUCGCUAACGGUAAUGCGAUUGGUACGCAGAAUGGCACUGCUGGAUGGCCGUUUUGCUUGGCUUGUGCUGUGCAGAACAAGGAUGGUGCUAGUCUGCCUGCUGGUUGCAAUGCUUGCUUCCAGAAGUACUGCUAUCAUAGGUCCGGGACCAGCGGCUGA